CCGAUAUAGUGAAUGCAGGGUCCGGGGAGACCGGAUAUAGUGAAUGCAGGGUCCAGGGAGACCGGAUAUAGUGAAUGCAGGGUCCGGGGAGACCGGAUAUAGUGAAUGCAGGGGUCCAUGGAGACCAGAUAUAGUGAAUGCAGGGUCCUGGGAGACCAGAUAUAGUGAAUGCAGGGUCCUGGGAGACCAGAUAUAGUGAAUGCAGGGUCUUGGGAGACCAGAUAUAGUGAAUGCAGGGUCUUGGGAGACCAGAUAUAGUGAAUGCAGGGUCCUGGGGAGACCAGAUAUAGUGAAUGCAAGGUCC